AAAAUUCAAAUUCAAAUCCAAAUCACACGAGCGAGAGAGAGCAGAUAAUCGCCACUCGCCAGAGCUAUUGAUUUCGCUUCAUCGAAUCUCACACUCUCUAAGUUUCGUCUGCAAUGUCGUCUACCAGAAGAGGCACUAAGAGAACUCGGCCAGAGCCGCCGCAAUCGCUCAAGAAGCCAACACCGAAAGCAAAACUCCCGGACGAAUUGGAUGUCGAUGUUUCUAGCGAUUUCAAAGGAAUCAUGUCGGCGUUGCAGCAAUUCAGAGAGAAAGCGCACGAAGAUGGCCGUAAGAAGAAGGAAGAAAGCAUUUCCAGUGUGUCCACUGAGGUGAAGUCAAAGAUUGACGAGCUGAAGUCAAAACUUGAGAAAGAAAGACAAAACUUUUCCAAAGCACUUUCAAAGAGUUCAAAGGAGUGUGAGAAUAUUUUGAAGGAUGAAGCUGCCAAGUUUGAGGAGCUUCAUAAGAAAUUCGUGAAAGACAAAGCUGAUCAUCUACAAGGCUUGAAAGACACUAUUUCAAAGUUUGAGGAGGACAAGGAGAGGCUCUACAUGCGAUAUGAGCAGCUAAGGAAGAAGGAGAAGACAAUGAUAACGGAACAGGAGAAGUUCUGCACUGAAAAGCUUGCUCAAUUGGAAGAGUCACUGAAGAAAAAGAAACGGGGUGACAAAACUUUCAGCAUACUGAGGAAAACUCUCGGCUCUUUUCUGGAAAACGAGGCUUCUGAUGAGGAAUUCCCACCUGAUGAGUGAAAGAUUAACGUCUUUUUCACUUGACGCUAGAAAGGACCAAAGACGGAAUACGAAACGCAAAAGUCAAGUGUAGUUUGGUUACCAUCUCCGAAAUCUAAAACCUAAACCGAAACCCAAAAUUCAACUAGAAGGAAAUGUGAAUCUCACAAGAACUGGAUUUGGAACUUAGAUGAACGUAUGGGCAGAGCAAGAAGGUGAUUAAUGAGUUGCUGUUUCUUGUUAUCAUCAUCAGCAUCAAUUUCGACUUUCAUCACUUGAAGAAACCGCAUUUCCCGCAAAAAGCACGUCACUUGUCUGAGCUCUCUAUCACGUCCUCUAUACCCAUAUAUCUCCAACACCUUCACUUCAUUUCGAUCAAUGAAGACUCCCUGAUUACUUACACAGUGCAAGCCCAUCACAAAGAGAUCACCAUUCAUACAGAGUUAGGAUUGUACGUAAUACUUGACGCGGAAGCAUGUGGAUUAGUUAACUGCGUAUAUAUUAAGUUUGGAUUUAGACACCUUGAGCACAAAAGUUUCUAGCUUUGUAGUGAAACGUGAGUCUCUUGAGGGUUUUGUGGGAUAUAGAGUAUACUUUGCUUUCUAUACGUUGUCAUCUAAGUGUUGGAUAAUUAACUGACCAUGAAAGUGUUGUAAGGAUAAUUCCUCAAGUAUUGGACAACAACAAAGCAUUUUAUGGCACAAGUCUUCGCAUGUAUACCAAGUUGAAUGGAGAAGGAGA